AUGAGUAACUUGCCUUCAAGAACUCUCACAAAAUCCGAAGAAAAGGCUCUCGCCGAUUUGAAGGGAAAAUUAAGCGAAGAAUCGCUUGCAGACGAGGUAAACAGUUGAAUAUUUGUUAAGUAUUAAAUAGCUGAAAGGCUUGUAUAUUAUUGUAUAAUAUUCAAUAUUUAUUGCAUGCUACAAAUAUUUCGAAGUGUUAAGUAUAUAAAUGUUGUACUCGGUCAUUAUUGAUCAGAAUCACGCUAAUAUUAAUGGGAGGUUUUUAGUGCUGUCAGUAAUAUAACACAAUUAAUGUUCCUCUCGCGAAAACAUUUUUAAUUGGGUUUAAAUGUCUCGCAAAUUUAACAUGAAUUUUGCCACAAGUAAACCAGCCACCCGCUACCUAAGACCGAUAUAUUUAUACUAACGGUUUUAAAUUUAAUGUCAUUAUUUGAUGUACUUUUGUACAAAAUUUGUAAAAUGUUAGAAAUUUAUUUUAAGAGGUCAUCAACCUUACAUAAUUUUGGAGCGGACGAUGAUGUUGCAAUUAUGCAAUUACGUAAAAUUCAUAAAUUGUUGCAAGCAAAUAUUAGAUGAAUUUAAUUUGUCACUUCACGUCUUCUUUGUGAUGCAAAAAGAGUAAAAAUAGCGCUAGUUAAAGGCGUCUUUGUAAGAGCUUGCUGUUUGUUCAACAUUUAUAUUUUAUGGUAUGAUAUUAUUUUACCCUUCAGACGCUCUGCUUCAGACCCUUGGACCAGAGAAUUUUGUAUCUCAGUUAAUGUCUAACCUAUUAACAAGCAAUGUAGCCCAAUGUGGUACAUCAUUUUAUUUUGUCUGACACUAGAUUUUAUCUGUCCGGCUCUAAUGGGUCACAGUUGAUUUCACAUGCAAUCUGCCCACAUCUAUUGUAAACAAUUAAUCUGCAAUGCACCCCAAUGGAUAAUACAUUGUCUUUUGACUCAGGUCCAAGGAAUUAAGUGAGUUUUAAUCUGGUAGGCAUAUGGUGCAUAUCUUAUCAGGAUUUUGGGCGUCUACCUUGAUGGGGUUAAGUAUUGAAGGUUUUUUAGAUGGAAAUUUGAGUGUGAAUUAUACAUAUUUUUAGGCCUAUUAUAAACAAAGAGCAGCUAGCUGUGAAAAAAUGCAACUAUAGGCCGUCUGACAGGAAUCAAACCUACAGCCCUGCAAUUCUGGUGCAACACUCUAACCAACUGAACUACAGAGGCCAUUGCCGAGCAUUAACCAUAAGUUCAUUUAUAUACUAAAGUGAUGGCAGUGUAUAUAUAAACAAGACGUUAACCAAUAAAAUUCUUUUGAUUUUUAUCAUAUUUUAGGCAACCUUAUUGAGAUUCCUAAGAGCAAGGGAAUUUGAUGUAGAUGGAGCCUGCAGGUAUCAAACUGUUUUUGUUAUUCAAUGAUUUGGUUAAUAAUUAACCCAUAAUGUUGCCAUGCACUCUCGUACCAUCUUACAGGGGGGGGGGGGAAGGGCACUAAUGCACUUACAAAAUUAGUUUGUCCAUUGUUUUUUGUUUACCCAAUUAGCCUGCAUAGAGCCCACUAGUCACAAUGGUUUGAUGUUUGGCAUGCCAGUGUAUGGUUGUUUGUUCCUGCACACUGUAAAAUACAUUAUAAUUUUUAGGCAAUAUAUGGCAACAUGGGAAUGGAGAAGAAACAACGAUAUAGACAACAUAUUAAAAACACCAGUAUGUAAAAUCUAAAAUCUGAAAAUAAAUUGCAUAUCGUUUAUACAAAAUGAACAAAAUUAAUUUCAAUGUCAUCCUUCUGUAGAGACCACUAACUGAAGAGUUAAAAAAUGUAAGUAACUUGUUGCAUGGUUGGUUUAUUCCUCUAGUAAGCUCACCUUCAGCAGUCACUAGUCCCUACCCCAAUAAUUUCCUGAUGAUGUCAUGUCACCCCCACCAAGAUUUGCUGGGUAUGCCACUACUCGUGCUCCCUGAUCAUCCAUUUUGUUUUCCCCCAGAUAAUGUCAUAUGGAUUCCAUAAAUUUGACAAAGAAGGACGUCCAUGUUAUGUUGAGAAAACAGGAAGAGUGGAUGUCAGUGCUCUAUUGCGAGUAUGUUCUUUGAGUUGUUAGUAGUAUUGUGAAUGGUUACUUGUAUAUGGACUGCAUCAUAACCCAAAAUUAAUUUAUUUGUUAAAUUAAUAUCAAGUUUUGCAUUUGUUAGCUGCCAGAAGAUCAAAUAAUAAGAUGGCAUGUUUGGAACACCGAGAAACAAAUUGAGCAGAUGGCAGAAAAAUCUAUAGAAUUAGUAAGUCAGGCUUGUAACAAAUUGUGGGUGCUUUAGAAUCAAUUAGUAUAAGUCCAUUUUCUAACAAAUUAACAUGCAUAACUUUUCAACAUUUUUUCCUCAAUUUUAUACAGAAUAAAGAAAUAACAACUUUAGACCAUUUACAUGAUCUUGCUGGAGCUUCAUUAAACCUUAGGUAAGCUGGAAAAAUUAUUAAUCUGGUAAAACGUAAAAACAGGCAUAAUAAUUUCCUUUCAACAUAUUUGUAGGAAAGCCUUAAGUUUGUUUACCCGUCUUGUAAAAUUGGAUCAGGAAUAUUAUCCAGAAAGAGUUGGAAAGGUACAUGUAUUAUAAACUAGCUUCGGUUGGCAUCUACGUUAAGAGGGUGCCAGAUAGCUUUCGGUGACGAUGCUAUCGUACAUUUUAGGAACGCAAUUUUUAGAGGAAUUAUGGCAACGAAGAGAUGUUGAUUCGCUCAGCUUCUGAAAGUUGUACAUUCCGUAUCUGAUAGGUGCUUUUUCGCGUCGCUACGGAAACCUAUCCGAUAUGGUAUCAAUGUAGCCAAAGUACAAAAAAAGUUAAAGUUAGUUCCCCAGACAAAGCAAACAUUACGCACGUCAAAGGAGAGAUCAGGGAUAUUCUCUUGCUACAAAAGACAGAUAAAGUAAAUAUUUCGAAGUUUGCGCAAAAUGUCAAUUGCCUUUCCAUUAGGUAUGAUAGGUUUAGAUGAAUUAUACUUCAAACUGUCAAAGUUAUCGAUAAAGGAACAUAAUGUUUUAGGAAGAGGUGAUCUGGUAUAAAUUAAAUGAAGCUAGUUUAGUUUAGGUUUCCUGUACAUAUUACAUAUAAUAACACUGGAUCAUUGCGUGGUCCUUACUGGAUGGCUCCAUAAUUUCCGCCAAGCGCGAUUAUAUGAACUGAGUGUUUAAUAUUUUCUUUUCUUAGAUUUUUCUCGUAAAUACACCAUGGUAAGUAACUAAUUAAGUUAUUAAUUAGUAAUUAAUCAGUAAUUAGAAUUUUUAAUUAACGUUUGCCAAAAACUAUUCGCUUUCAUAAAAUCUAAAAAAAUAUCUUGAUUUUUUUCUAGGGCUUUUCCGUACUUAUGGAGGGUAGCGAAAUCAUUCCUCGAUCCGAAGACUCGUGAUAAAUGCGUGGUUCUAAACUCUCUGGAAAUGGGGAAAUUAUUGGAUUAUUUCGAGGCGGAAGAUCUACCUGUAGAGUAUGGUGGAACAUGUCGAUGCGAGAAUGGCUGUCUGCCUGAAAUACCCAAACAUAUGGUAAUGAGAAAUUAUCGCCAGUUGUGGCUUUUAAUAUUUUGCUGAUAGAAUGGCCGUUCGUCUAAGUAAUGCUGCUUCAACUACGCAAACGGUUUCUGAUUAUAAUUUCGCCUCAGGUGUAUUUGAGAAGAGUGCUUUCAGCUUUCACUACCAAACAUCACAACUUUUCUCUGGGUGCACCGUUUCCUUCUAGUAGCAAUACUACAAUAAUUGAAGAGAUGACCCUUACUGGACCUCUAAGGAGAACAGUUUAGAACUGAUAGAGCUAUCCAGUAUAAAUAAAGUUAGUUUUGUCCACGAGAAAUACUUAUAUACUAAAUAUUUUAUUUAUUUUAGCUCGCAAUGAGUGAAGAUCCCGAACUGAAAGAAGAAUAUAUCGGUAAGGAUAUCAUUUAUUUAAACGAAAGACAUCGAUGACACAAAAUCCUCGUCAAGGGGGAAGUGUUGGUCUUGUUUUAACACACAACUGUAACUUUUACCUACAGCGGCAAAGAAAAGUUUUUCACACAAAAUUGAAUGUGAGGGGAAAAACGAAUCCAUUGGCUGGUUUUACAGGAUAUCAAGGUAUUUAUCUUACGAUCAGUACACUCGUUAUGUCAUGAUUAAAAUGUAGUGAUUGAUUAAAAUUUGAGACAAUGAAUAAAAUUUAGUCACAUGUGGGAACAGUGGUUUUCUCCCUGUACAUAUUCUCCUGUAGAAACACUGGACCAAGAAAGGAUGUCCCUCAUUGAACCAAGGGAGGAUAGUUUAGACAUAAAUUUUAGAGCUAUAAAUGAAGAUUAGUUUUGCUAUCCUCCUGUAAUAACACUGGACGGGUAAGGGGUGGCCGUAACUUGUCUUCUAGGGAGACUAUUUUAUAACUCAUAGAUAGCUAUCCAAAGUAAACAGGGAAAAUAGUUUAGUUGUGUUUAUUGAAAAUGGAUAUAACGUAAUUAGUAUAUUGUUUUUAGUAAAGAUAUCAAGUUUGGAGUGUCGUUUCUAAAGCGGUGUGACAAAGAGAAUGAAAGUUCAAACAGAAGAGAGGAAUGGGUAGUGAAGCCUGACUAUCCCUUACAUGGUAGCAAAGCUAAUGUCGGGUAGGUACAGUAAAACAGUUGGUAUGUUAAUAUCCGUCGCUGUUUACCAUGCAAAAUGUUCACUAGAACCAUAGGUGUACCAAAUACGUCAUAUGUCUUUGUUUCUUCAGAUUUUAUCAUUGUACAUCAGCCGGUACUUACACACUGGUCUGGGAUAACUCGCAGUCAAGAUUCAUGUCAAGAACGCUAAAGUGAGUAGAUCUUUCUCAAUCUGUCAGUUCUAUUUAUAUUAGCUACCAAGUACAAUGUAGAAAGCUGCUGAUGGGAAGGGAUUUAACUACCCUGAAACAUUUUCCAUGCGCGCGUCACGCGAUGCCGUAGCACACUGAAGCGCCUGGAUACGAGACUGAGUGAAACCCACUGAUAUGUUUUUCUCAGGUAUCACGUGAUGGUGUCAGAAGGUAUGACUGAUGAACAAAGAAAUGGAUCUACACCUUCAAUAAAUAGCCUGGAGCUUUAG